AUGUACGAAACUGUGAUUCGCGCUGGCCCCGUGGCCGAAGUCAUCGAGUCCCCUAUCCCCACGCCCAAGCCAGAUCAAGUCGUCAUCAAAGUAGUUGUGUCGGGCAGCAAUCCCAAAGACUGGAAGUUGCCACAAUGGCUAGACGAAGUCAUUAACCAGGGUGACGAUAUUGCUGGAGUCGUUCAUGCAGUUGGUGCGGGGGUGACCGAAUUCAAGGUUGGGGAUCGAGUCGCUGCAUUCCACGAAAUGCGCACACCUGGAGGCAGCUAUGCGGAGUACGCUGUUGCGUGGGCGUAUACGACUUUUCAUUUGCCAGAGAAGACUACUUUUGAGGAAGCAUCAACAAUCCCCCUCGCAGCCCUGACAGCAGCAGUCGCACUGUUCGGGAACCUUUCUCUGCCGACUCCCUUUUCUCCAGCACAAGAGCAAAUCCCUCUUGUCAUAUACGGUGGUUCAUCAGCUGUCGGUGCAUUUGCUAUCAAAUUAGCCCGACAAGCAAAUAUCCACCCUCUCUUCGUCGUCGCUGGUUCGGGUGCGUCGUACGUUGAGUCGCUCAUCGAUUCUUCAAAGGGCGAUCGCAUCAUCGACUACCGCCCUGGUCCGGAUCAUGUGGUUAAGGAGAUUCAAAAUGCCGUCAAUGCAAGCGAGAAAGACACUGUCAAAUAUGCUCUUGACGCCAUCACUCUCGAGGCCACAUGGACCACGCUCGCCAAAGCCCUCGACCCUAAACAAGGAUCAUAUACUGGCGUUUUACCUUUUGACAAAAAGGUGUUCCCAGAUGCGAUAAAAGCUAUUCAGACUACCGUCGGAAGUGUUCACAAGUCACCCUCCGAGGAACCUGGAAAGGCAGACCUCGGGUUUGUGUUUAGCCAGCUAUUUUCCAAGGGGUUGAAGGAUGGCUGGUUCAGUGGACACCCAUAUGAGGUUGUUCCAAAUGGUCUGGAAGGUGUAGAGGGAGCAUUGAAGAAUUUGAAGGAAGGGAAGAAUAGCGCGUUAAAGUACGUUUUCAGAAUCGAGGAUACGCCUCGCUUGAAGAAGUAG